GCCUGUGAACAUUGCUCAAAGACAUUUUCCACCGCUUCAAAUUUAAAGCAACACUUGAGAACCAAUACUGGAGAAAAGCCAUAUGCAUGUGAAACCCAUACUGGCGAAAAGCCAUUCUCCUGUGAGUUGUGUUCUAAGGAAUUUUCUCAUCUGGCAACCCUGAGAAGGCACUUGAGACUCCAUACUGGAGAGAAGCCAUUUUCCUGUGAAGUGUGUUCUAGGGAAUUUUCUCAACUUGCACACCUGAAAGUGCACUUGAGAACCCAUACUGGAGAAAAGCCAUUCUCCUGUGAAAUAUGUUCUGGGAAAUUUUCUCAACUAGCAAACCUGAGAGAUCACUUAAGAACCCAUACUGGAGAAAAGCCAUAUGCAUGUGAACUACAAUCAGGAUUGAAUGUCGAUGAAGUACAACAAGUGUGA